AUGCUCUGUUCUAACGAGUGGUAUUAUCAGGAGCUGGAAGGCACCUACUGCCCCCCGAUUGACCCCGCCCUCUUCGCGGCGAUUGUGUCAGACUUUGACCUGUCGAUCCCCACCCAGGUGGCACAAUUGCGCGAAACCCUUGAUGUGCUGAAGGCAUCUGCCGUUGAGCAAGAGAACCUUCCAUUUGACCCCACAGGCACGACAACCCUCCGAAAUUCUGAAGCUUCAGACUCUCUGGUGGGUGAAUCAUCCAAUGACGCCCCACAAUCGGAUCUUUCAAGCUGGCCAUCGCUUGAACAUCUGGACCAACAAAAUGACGAAUCCAACGCUGCCUCUCGCAAAGCUCAAAAGCUUAAAGGAUCCAAGCUUGCGUACACCUUUUUGGGUAUGUCGACAGCUGACAAGGCACAAAACUUGAUCAGCAUGUUCCCAACGAUUACUCGCCUGGAAGCCGAGCGCAUCCUCGAAGAUUGCCAUGACAACCUCAGCCGUGCAAUGGAUGUUCUCCUCAAUCUUGCAUUCAUCGAGGAGACACAAAUUGCCGGCGAGACACUGCAACAGACUCCCGAAGAGGUGGUGCCAAACAAUCAAUCAUCUGUUCCAAAGUCAAUUGACGGCUUCCAGGCCAAGGAGGAUCAGAAUGGGAGCGGGAAGAAAUCCAGAAAAAAGAACAAGAAACAGCAGCAACGUCGAACCGAGCUCGCCUCUCAGGCCGCGAACAAGACAUCCACCAAUAAAUGGGAGAGUGGGAAGAAUGACAUCGAUUUCCUGUCCGCGCGAGCUUGCGCUUUGCAGAGAGAGAAGAUUGCGUCGACCUAUCACGCAAAUGCGAUGUCUAUUUGUGCAACUAUCCGGGUCUUAGCGCAAGCCCAUGCGCCCAAGGACAUCCACGAGAUUGAAGAUGAUCCUGUGCUGAUCACACAAAUGGGCCAGCUCGGUAAUCAUUAUCCGGGUAUUCAUCCCACUACUCUGGUGGGUUUGCUUCGGAUCGCAAACAAUGAGAUGCCGGCCGCAGGUGAAUUAGCUGAGACUUUAGCCACUCAGCCUGCUCUCACUUCGGCAUCAAAUAUCAUUACCUUCGUCUCCUCGCCGGUUUCUCUUGAUGACGAUGAAGAGAACCGUGCCCCAGCUCAACUCGCCGAAAGCGCUUCGGACUCCCUGAAUUUCGAAGAGGCAGCCGCCGCUGCGAGCUCUCACUUUGCCGCCAGAUCGGCUGCCCUGGCUCAGGCAUCCCAAUCUGCUCGCCGUGCCCGCUCAAACCCUCUGUACGGCGGUGCCUCUGCCUAUUAUCGAGAGGUUGGAAAUGAGCAAAGGCAGCUUGCAAUGCGUCACUUGGCAACUGCUUCUGACCGGCUGGUGGCACGUCAGUCAUCACCGUGUGAUCUGGACUUGCAUGGGGUCACUGUCGCCAACGCGGUCAGAAUCGCUCGCGAGAGGGUUCAGGCCUGGUGGGAUGGGCUGGGAGACCAAAAAUAUGUCCGUGGUGGAGGCCAGAACUCCCACGGCGGGUUCAAUAUUGUGUGCGGUAUGGGUCACCAUUCCCUUGACCGUAAAUCGCAUAUUGGACCCGCCGUGUGGAACAUGUUGCAGAAGGAAGGAUGGCGUGUGGAGCUCAAUCGCGGCUCGAUGCUGGUCACUGGUGUCAGCCGACGUUGA